GUAGGCCCAGUUCUGAUGGAAGAAGAAGUUUUACAUUGUAGUUACCACUGCUUAUAUAUUUUUCAGGAUGAAAACAGUGGUAAAAUGACAUCAAAGUAUGUCGAGAGGGCUUUGCUGAAGAUUUCCAAUGGUACUCCGCGGCAAAUAUAUAACAUUUUGGUAGAAAUUAGAACGAAAGUUAUCAAGUCUUCUACCGGCAUCCGUGAACUCAUUCAACAUGGGUUUGUCCACAAGUCUCUGUUCCUUUUAUCGGACGAUGUACGGAAACAACAGCUGCCACAGACAACCGACAUCAUUCUCAGUGUCCUCGGUAACCUUUGUAUGGAAGAAAAGGCGAGAGAAGAUGUACAUAAAAGCGGAGGGAUACCUACAAUAGCGGAUCUGUUUUGUACCUCAGAGUCGGUCAGUAUACAGAAUCGUAGCUGUAGGGCACUAUCCAAUGCAGCAAUGUUAUCUGUGAAUGCUGAUUCCGUAUUUGGUACUGACACUGUGGACCGAGUGGCAGAGCUCCUACAACUCACACCUUCUAAGGAGAGCAAGCUCAUCUACUGCAGAAUCCUCAGGUUGCUUGGCAAGACACAGAAACACCUAGAGAAACUGGUUGUGUGUGAUGCUGUGCGAUGUGUGGUGAAACUGCUGUCAGAUGAAGACAAAGAUGUCAAGAGUGCAGCAUUGCGGAUGGUGUUUGAAACAUCCAAUCAGGGAUGCAGCAGUGGGUUUGCCAGUCAAGUUGUCAGUGCAGGUGGUAUUGCUGAAUUGUUGUCGGGGGUAACACAUGAAGACAGUACCACCGCCCAUCAGUCCUUUACAACUCUCAUACGAUUGGCUGAUCAUUCUCAUGCUCGGGCUGAGCUUGGCAAUGCAGGUGGUAUUACACAAUUCAUUGACUACUUUGAAGGCCUUGGUAAUUUUGAUAAAGACAAGAGGUUUUCUGUCCUGAAUGUUCUGUGUCUUUGCUGUAAGGACGUGGUGAAUCGAGUGAAGAUCAGGGACAACAACAUACUGCCAAAAUUCUUGGACUCUCUAAAGGACAAUGAGUACAAACGUUUACAUGACCGGGUCAUCAGCGCACUGUUGUGUUUUUUGUAUGAUGAAUCCAGUUUAGAACUUUUACUUCAGAAAGGACUCAUACCUCUAUUACUUACACAUCUUCAAAGAGUAGCUGCAUUCACCUCAAAUGUGGUCAAGCUUGAUAUAGUAGUGGCCAAGAGUUCAAAGUCCAAAUCAUCAGAACUGGACAUCACAGCUGACAAUCUAAAGGCUGAACCAGAUGAUAUCUCACAUGAAUGCCAGACACUGCCUAUAGAUACGGAAGAAACUAAGGGACAGACAGAAGCUGUUUUAACCAAUAUUGAACAGGGACCAUUGAACCUGGAUGAAGAUACUGCAGAGGAACCUACAGUAUCCACAGAGAAGAAAUACCAUUAUAGCAUUGACAGCCCAACCUACCAGGUUUCAUCAGAGUGGAACCUUGAUGCCUAUAGUCAGGGUGCUAAGUGUAAGUCAUUCAACCAUGAACCUACCUCCCCACAGUAUUCCAGCACCAGUCCCCUCAGCACUAUCUCUUAUUACUCACCAAGCCUCUCCCCAGAGGACUACAGUCCUACCAGUCCUACGAUGUCAAAGGUCAACGAGGACCCAAACUAUGGAUUGGUCUGCAGUUUACCGUUCACCUGCAGUAGUCCUGAGAAGCAGCCAAGUCCCAGCAAUGCUUCAGGACUCUCUCCUGGUGUUUCUGAAAAUGAGUUUGGACUAUGUUCCGAUGUUCCUAUGGUUUACUCAGAUGAAGAAGAGAGUCAAGAGGCACCCUUUAGUAAUAUAUUUUCAGGACAAAGUGAAAAUGCUGAACAAACUAAAGAAGCAUCAAAUAUAGAAAACAUUCCACUGAAAAAUAGAAGCGUUGUGAACUGUAGAGUUGAAAAGAUAGAAAUUUCUAAUAAAGAUGAUGAACAUAAAGAAAGUAUAGUAUAUCAUUCUCAGGGCUUUGAUACAGAUGUGGAAAAUGAAGAUCAGCAGGCAAAAGAAAUGCUGGAACAUCACCCUAUGCGAAAGCUUCACUUUGAUCUGGGAGAAGAGACCAUCAACAGUAGACCAGAUAGGAAAAAUAAGCUACCUCCAACAUCUCCCGAGACAUUCAUGAAAUAUCAUGUAUCUAAGAAACCAAGGUUACUAGUGGCACGCAGAAGGUCUCCAACUGCUACAGAAAAUCACAUCCUGAUGAUCCUUUCCUUUGUAUCUCAGAUGCCAGACCCCACAAAGUACCUGGUAUCUACAGAUGUGCUCUGUUGCCUUUUAGACUACAUUAGUUGUGUCCAGGUCGGUGAGACAAGAGCUGCCAGAGUCCUGUGUCGACUCGCACGUAAUCCUAACUGCUUUGAGAAACUGAUCCAGUUAAAUCUACCUUGGAUGGUAUAUGAAAAACUCCUUUCACAAGAAGAUAAUGACCAUUGCUGGAUAAAAAUUCUUCAAGACAAGCAUUCAGGUCUAGAAAAUAGGACCGAUAGAUAUCAGAGGUCAAGGUCAUGGAGUUUGUGUUCUGAUGAUUCAUCCUUUUUGGAAGAAGACAUUCAAGACUUUUCAACAAGCAUGAUGGAUGGCAAGCUUAAGUCGCCCCAAACUACUAAAUCUGCCAGAAACUCGCUCAACAACUCCAUCCAACAGAAUAAUACAAAUGUCUCAAGUGAAAGAAGUGUAUGCGAAGAAGAGGAGAUAUCUCUUUCAAGUAGAGCUGGGAUCAAUGUGUUACAAGACCUGUGUAGGAUGGCUGACAGUCCAUAUGGAAGAGGUGUUGUAGCUCACAUCUUGUCCAAGCAGUCAGUCUCACAGAUGGAUAUUCUGGUCAGUCUUCUCCAUAUACUAUGGGCAAGGGGUAUGUGGAAGUUCUAUUUUUUCAAGAAAGGACUUUGGAAGGAAUAUAUGGACAUUCUUACCGCUGGAUCUGAUCACCCUUACUACAUCCUUAUCUUAGAGGCAUUCUGCUUCCUUGGGAAAGUCAUCAACUUUGACAUAAAGUUGAGAAAUGAGCAAUGUGAGAAGCUAUUUAAGGCUAAUGUUACUGCCACUGAUAAGAACAUCCAGGGUGGCACGUGUCGGCAUGGAUCUUAUACUCAUGACAUACAGUUUAAUGUACAAGACACAGUUUCCACCAUCCCCGCCUGUAAGGAGAGAUUAACCAAGGCAUCACCACUAUUUGCAGCCAUGUUACAGGGGAAGUAUUCGGAGUCAACCCAGAACACAAUAACACUGAAAGAUACCUCGUAUUAUGCUGUACAGUUUGUUGUACACUUCCUCCACGGAUGUGACUUGAAGUGUGAUGUCAUAUCCGAUAUUCUGUCCUGUGAGCCUGGUCCAGAGACAUGGUCCCAGUGUGUAGAAGUCCUGACACUUGUCAACAGGUAUCUUGUCUCGGACCUAGAGCUGUUCCUGAAGUCUGUACUGUCCUCCAGAUUCUUGGGACCAAUAGAAGCUAACAGCACCUACAGCUUCGCCAAACUGCAUGGGUAUGAAGUUCUAGCAAGUGACUGUGUAAAGACAGUGCUAGUGGGUGGUACAUGUGUGUAUGAUCGUAUUAGAGGGUUCAGUAUGUUUCUGAAUGGACCAAAUUCUGAGAGAUUUUUGUCUCAUUUGGAACAAUUAUUCAAAUCAAAUAUUCACUAAUGACUGUCUACAAUAAACUCCCUUUCCUUGCAGGUCAUAAAGGGGGAGUCAGCCAUAGUGUCACGGUCAGCAUUCAAUUGUCUUUUGUCAACAUUUUUCAUUGAAAAACUUCCGAAUAACCAAAACACCAAGGUCAUAAUACUUGAUCAGCUGCAUGAAGUACUGUACUACAGUAUAGUUGUUGAAUUUCAGGGGGCCAAUAUUAAGUGGUUGGCAUUGUCAGACAUAGUUCUUAUCAUGCAACCUUACAUUUGUAUUUGUAUAUACCGGUGUGGCAUGGUAUUUUGAAGCAUGGUGAAAUGAACUGGGGUCAAAAUACCAUAAUGGUAAAGUGAACCGCGGUUCAUUUCACCAUUAUGGCAAAAUGAACCCCCCUCCCCCCAUGGUAAAGUGAAGCCACCUUAUAAUUUGUUUUUAAGUGACUUUUCUUUACACAAUUUUUUUUUUAUCAAUUAGCUUAGUUAUUUCUCUACUUCUUAUAACACAAAAAUUAGGGUGGGGCAUGGUAAAGUGAAGCAUUUCACUAUUUUCUUACUAAUUUUUUUCACCAAAUCUUUUUCAAAUUACAUUAUAUAAUUCCUCUAAACACAUUAACACACAAUAAAUGACUGGGGGUCGGGAAAUUUAGGGUGGGGCGGGGCGUUUUACUUUACCAUGGCCAUCUAAAAAGAUUUGGUGAAAAAAAGUGAAUUAGUAAGGAAAUAGUGAAAUGCUUCACUUUACCAUGGGGGGUUCACUUCACCAUACUACACCGGUAUAUAACACAUCUUCGUAACCUAUGGUUAAGGUAUAGUAUUAGCUAGGUUUUUAUUUUCACACUAUCCUUAAUGACCACGGAUAUAGCGAAGUUAAAUACAGUACCCCACGAAUAUUACCAACAAUACAGUACUUUCUAUCUUAAAUUUACUAAGAGGUCAAAAUAAUAAGUUGCCAAGUUUGUCAAAAUGUUGAAAUAAUUUCUUCCGAGAAACCUGAUAUUAGGCUGGCAGCCUGCUGGCAUUGUGUACUGCAAAUUUAAAAAAAAAUUAACUUGUUUGACUAACAAACCCCUAACAUGUAGAAAUAUGAUGAAGAAUCUUGAUGAUUAAUGAAAGUGGAUCAAUUUGCUAUGAAGCUUUUCUGAAAAAGAUUCACCCAACAUAGGACUCCAGGGUUGUGAAACAGACUACCAAGUGAAAGGGAUUCAUUCAAAUGGUCAGUCAAGUAAUAUAUUGCUUUUCUCUGGAAACUGUCAUGCAUAAAAUCUCUUUAUUUCUGAUGUCUUUCUCAUGGAAUACAUAUUCUUCACGUGAAAGUUUGACGAGGACCAUUAUAGUAACUAAGAAUGGUAACACCAUGUGAAAGUUAAGCUAAUCAUCAAUUUAUCUUUAAUAAAAAUUCUGUUGUUAUAAUGCAAAAUAAAUGAAUGAAACUUAAAAUGAUGAAUUUAAUUGCACAGUAUUUAAAAAUGUGGUACAUUGUAUUGAUAACAUUUGUGCAUGAUUUUUAUUCUGUUCAUUACAAUGUUUGUUUCCAAAAUUUACAUCAUUUAACAUGAAAAUUAUCUGACUAACCAUUCUAGAUCAAGAUAAAUUUUCUGCUAGUUAAAGACUGAAUUUUAUUUAGGUAAGAGAUAUGAAGUUUUUACUAGAUAUGUAUAUAGGAUAAUAUUUUCCGCUUUAAUUAUUAAAGAUGGUAUACAUAAUAAAUACAUGUUUAUGGAAAUAAUUUAAGAAUACAAAACAUAUCUUAUCAUAAUGUAUACAAAUCGCCAUGCUUCCAUUUACUCUACAAAAAUUCAGAAUGGUGUACAUGUCAAGAGUUGCAUUUUAUGAGAUUUUUAGUAGCAUUUCAACUUUGAGUCACCAUUUUACACAAUUUCCAUAUACAAUGCACCUCUGUCAAAUCAGUGAUGAGUAAGAAUCAAAUAUUGAGGAACUUUUAUUUGUAUAUGAAGAUAAAUUGUUCACAUAUUUACAUUUGUUGAUUUCCAUGCCUUUUUUGUUGCCUUUAUGAAAUAAAUCCUUUGGUUGUAUUAACCACACCUAG